AUCGUUUUGUUGUCAAGUCCAAUUGAACACGUUGACUUUAUUUUUCAGUGUUUGCUGCAUAUCUUAUCGAUAAACAUUUGUGUCACCUGUGUUUCAAGAAACUUAAAAUGUCUUCGACUGAAGAAACAUCGCAAAAGCUUGCAGGUCAUCCGCCAGCAGUCAAAGCUGGUGGCAUGAGGAUCACCCAGCACAAAGGACCUCACACGGCUACUAAGGAAGGCUCUGAAGACCUGACUAACCUUGGUGGCCCGUCUGCCGUGCCAACCAACCCCAUCUCUAUUGCCGGAGCUCCUAAUAGAGGUAAUGCUGAUUUCACACCAGAGGCAGCCAAGGUGGCUCACAGCCCCAAACCUCCAGCGCACAUCAACAUGAAACCCAAUGUGAAUAUCCAACAACCCAGGAAGUAGACGCUAGACGGUACUAGGUACGACUAUUGCACAUAACCCACAUUUAAAUAAAGCUGGCCUUCUGUACUAGAUAA